AUGUCUACAGAACCAGAAGUAAAAGAAGACGUAUUUGCAAGGUUAUUAGAUGUUAACAUUAUUAACAAAAAAUAUUUUUAUGGAGAUUGUAAAAACCUUCUUCUCUAUUUAGAUUAUAUAAAUAAAAAUUACCUUAACAAUGAUAUAGAAUCAAGUUGUAAAUAUUUCAACUAUAUGCUUAAAUAUACAUUAAAUAUUAAUAACAUUUCAAAAAAAAGUACUAAAGAUGCUUAUAAUAAUAUGAUAACUCAACUUGAUGGAAACCAUACAUUUAGUGUACCUAAUAUAUGUAAAUCAUAUGCUAAAGAUAUUAGUGAUGAUACAUUUCAGAAAUUUGAUAAUUUGAAUAAACUAUAUACCACUAUUGAACGAGAGAGCGGCACCUGUAAAAAGAAUAGUGCAUGUUUUAAUAUAUAUACGAGUAAUUUACUAUAUUGUAAAAAUAUGAAUAACAUCAGUUAUUGUCAAGAACUGGAUUUAUUAAAACAUCAAUAUAUUGAAAAUAGUGUACAUGAACCUGUAAAUAAAGAAGCUUCUGAAAUCAGAACUUCCUCGUUUCCUACAUAUAUACGUACAGUUUUUCUAACACUAACUAUUACAACAUUUGCAAUAUCAACAAUUAUAUUCAUUUUAUAUAAGAUCAUAUUUAGGACCAUUGUUAGUGAAAAUAAAAAAACAUUUUUAAUAAAAAAAAUGAAGAAUAUUUUACAUUUUUGGAUUCAUUCGAGAGCUCAUACAAAAAUUAUUAUAAUAAGGAUUAUAGAAUAG